UUCGAAGGUGACGACUACGAAGGUGUGAGACACGCAUCAAAGGCAUAGGAAUCACUGGAGAAGAAAGAUUUAGCCAUUAAAGGUGCACUAUUCAUAUAAUCAUACAUAAUGGCUGGAACUGGAAGUGCAAGUGCAAGUGCAAGCUCUAGUUCAGUUGCAAAUGUCCGAACUGAAAAUGCCCCCUUUAAAAUUGAUCAAGAUUCACCACUUUGGCAUUAUACAACAAUGAUCAAGCCAGUGUCUGGUGGUGGGGGUUUUGUUUGGCAAUGCAACCAUUGUGGCACUGAGUAUACCAGCUCAUACUUUCGAGUGAAAGGCCACCUUUGUUUCAUCCCUGGGCGUGGAAUAAAAUUUUGUAAGGGAUCAGAUGGCAAGGGGCUGUCAAAAGCUCUAGUUUUGGGAUAUAUUAAAGAACAAGAGGAAGCUGAUAGGAGAAGUAGCAAAGCAAAGACUGAUCAUCCUCUUGUCCAUCCAAGCUCAAUGUCUAAGAGGCCUUCUAGUAGCAUUGGCUCCACAAGACCAGCUGGUUCACAUCCUUUCAUGCAAAACCCACCAGUUGAUGCAGUAGAGAAUCAGAAUGUUGUGGCUUCACGAAAAAGAGGUGCGAGACGCCUUGAGUUCUAUGGUCAUCAACAGCUUGUGGAGUGUAUGGAAGCAGUCCCACACAAAAAGAGCUCUAAAAGUAAGAACAUUGAUCCUUAG